UAUUAAUUCAAUGGAGUUUCAAUGUUCGUUAUUUAAAAAAGCAUUCUGUUAUUUACUAUUGUUACUGCUAUUUAUUACAUUUUUAUUUGUCUAUAAUAUUUCUGUUGGAGAACAAAAGUUUUUUCUGUUACCAUAUACUUCGUAUUUGUUCCAAAACAAAUUAUUUAAUGAUGGAAAAAAAGUUAAUACUAGUAAAGUUAACAAUAUCACUUUGAUUCUUGUGUACACAUCAUUCUUUGGCAAUAUACCGUGGCCGUUUUUUACAAAUCUUUCAUGUAAUUUUGAAACUUUAAACUUUCAAAUUUCAUAUGAUCAUAAUGAUUUUUACAAAAGUGACUUUGUCAUAUUCCAUUCGCGCAAUAUGCCAUCAAUUUCUGAGUUAACAAAACUACGUAAUAAUCGAAAUAAUAGACAACUUUGGAUUUAUUUUUCAAUGGAAAGUAUACGUAACAAUCCUCCAAUAGAAGAUAUCCACAUCUUUUUUGACUUGGUCUCCACUUACGCAUUAGAUUCUGAUAUUCAGGUUCCCUACAGAUAUCAUGAAAGACAAUAUAAACCAGCAAACAAUAAGUUUUUUGUAGAAGACAUUACAAACAGAAAAAAAAUGAUAGCCUGGGUUGUAAGCAAUUGCCAUAUUCAAGAAAGAAAUCUACUAGCUAGAAAACUACUUUCAUACGGAGUAGAAAUUGAAGUUUCCGGUGCAUGCGCGCAAUAUUAUCCGAAAAUGUUUACUUUAUCAAGCCAAGGAAAACCUUGCUACGCUGAUUUGAAAAACUUUAAAUUCUACUUUUCUGCUGAAAAUGGUUUAUGCGAAGAUUAUAUUACUGAAAAGUAUUGGGAAACUGCCUUAGAUAACAACAUUAUACCAAUAGUUUUAGGGGGAUCAAAUUAUUCUAAUCCUAGAUUGGCCAUCCCGGGCUCUUUUAUUGAUGCAAUGAGUUUUAAUUCACCAAAAGACUUAGCUAAUCAUAUAUUAGACGUCAGUACUAACCAAUCAAAAUAUAAUUCUUACUUUGAGUGGAAAAAAAACUGGAAGUUAGACACAAAUUCUUACUAUUGUUCACUUUGUCAAAAAAUUAACGAAGGAUUUGCCCUAAGACAAAAUGUUCUUAUUAAUACUUUAAGGAGUGAAAAAUGUUCAAUUCCAAGUGCAAAAUUUUUUUCAUGGAUAGAAAAUUCUUGAUAAAUCACUCUCAAAAAGUUUGUUGAGUUAAAUAUCACAUGUCUUCUAAAUUGAUAAAUACAAUAAAUG